AUGUACCAUGAUAGCGGCACACGGGAGAAGUCCAUAUCGUGGCACUGGAGUCUAUUGGAUCUACAAUCCGUGCCCCCACAAGCUGCAGCCACAAAGUACAAGCAUGGUUGGCGUCAUCUCUGGUACAUACUGCCGGUGGAGAGCCUGCACUGGUUCUGCCGGUGCUGGGUCGGUCCCUUUGUGCCCGAGGAAAUUCCGGAGGUCGAGGGGCCUCGCGAAUUCAAUGCAUUCGUGAACGACAUACUGUGCAUGAUCGACUGGAUUCGGGGUCUGGAGAGGAGCAAGCUCGUGCCUCCUGUGAGCUGGCUUCUCCCGGACCGGGGCGAAACUGCCGUCAUCGUCACGGGAUACGAGGAUCAGAAGAAGGGGGUCUCCCGGAUCCCGGAAGACGACAGGCAGGUUCGCGCGCGCGACUGGUUUGUGAAACACGCGAAUCUGGUGGCCGGGGAAAACAUCUUUGUGAGCGACAACUUGCAAUAUUUUUGCACCGCGGAAGAGAACCUGGAGCUUCCCCUCGCACUGUGCUUCGAUCCGCCGCCGCAGACAGGCAAGGAGAAGGCCGCUGAACCGUACUGGCUGAUUCCGCCAGCGGGACCACAUGCAGCGGCGGAUUGCCGGGGCUUCUUGGCGGCACGUUGCCCCUUCGUCGGAGACACGGGCUCGCCCUUGCGGCCGCGCUUCCGGAUCCUCGUGCCAAUGGCAGAUGCAUCCGACCCGGAGGUGAUCCUUGACGAACGCGUGAUCAUGCAGAGUGUUAAGUACGUGAUCUGUGGUUACGUACUUCAACUAAGAGGCUUAUGCGAAGAAAUCAGGCAAACCGCUGCUUUGUACAACACCGGAGCCUCAGUCGUCAAGCAAAACUCCUGCUGCCACUACGCCCGGCAAGGCAACUACAAGCGCGACGUCUGGCGCGACGUCUGGCAAGGCAAAGCCCACUGGCAGGCCGACUUCUGGCAAGCCUCAGAGCCCGGGGAAGCUACGAGCGCCGCUAAACCUGGCAGUGCGAAGCCUACGAGCUCCGGUAAACCGGCCAGUACGAGGGCUACAAGCUCCGGCAAACCGGCGAAUGCUGGUGGUAAGCCAGCGGGUGUCAGGAAGGUACCGGCGGCAGUCAUCGCUGAGACGUCCGACGUCGAGGGUGGUGACGGCAACGGCUCGAGGGGGCCAACUUGG